AUGUCUAUCCUGGAGCGCUUGGAGCAGAUGGAGAGGAGGAUGGCGGAGAUGGCCAGCCACCAGCAGCCGAGCAGGGGGACAGGGGGAGGAGGAGGCGGAGGGGGAGGAGGCGUAGGAGGUGGAGGGGGAGGAAACAACAGCCAGUCACAGUGUGUAUCUGCCCAGACGCAAGCCAGCAGCUCCUUUGAGAGCCGUGUUGUGGUGGUCUGUGAGAAGAUGAUGAGCAGAGCUUGCUGGGCCAAGUCCAAACAUUUAAUCCACUCCAAGACCUUCAGAGGCAUGACACUCCUUCACCUGGCUGCUGGCCAGGGCUACGCCACCCUCAUCCAGACACUCAUCAAGUGGCGGACCAAGCAUGCUGACAGCAUUGAUUUGGAGUUAGAAGUAGACCCUCUCAAUGUGGAUCACUUCUCCUGCACGCCUCUGAUGUGGGCGUGUGCGCUGGGUCACCUGGAGGCAGCAGUGGUCCUGUAUAAAUGGGACAGACGUGCUCUAGCUAUCCCAGAUUCUCUGGGCCGCUUACCUCUGUCAAUUGCCCGCUCUCGUGGCCAUACCAAAUUGGCUGAAUGUCUGGAGCAGUUACAGAGGGAAGAGCAGCAGCCACCGGCCCCUCUACCACCCACAACUCGGAUGUCUUUCUCCCCAGCCCCCGACGCCCCCACCACAGACAGCUGGAUGGUCAGCUGGGCUAACGACAGUGUAGUAGCAUCCAGCUGCAAGAAAGGAGGUCCUGCCACCACUACAACCACAACCAGCACCACCAGCCUCAAUCCAGACUUGAGAAGACCCAGGUCAGAGCCUUCCAACUACUACAGCACUGAGGGCCAAAGAGACCUCCCACUAGCUAAAAAACAUAAACCCAACCCAGAACUGUUUCAGACGCGGCCUGACAAGGCCAUGUCUGUUCCUCUGAGCCUGGAGCAGCAGCAGCUCCACAAGCUGUCCUCUAGCCCCAAGAGCCUGUCCUCAGAAGGCCUGAGUUCAGACAAGGGCCUGUCUACAGGAGGCAGCACGGGGACAACCAGAUGGACCUCCAGAGAGAGUUUCUCCAGCAGUGGCUUAGGGAGGAAAGGGUUGGGGGUCAGUGGAAGCAGCAGCCUGGGGAAGGAGAAAUUGGUCAACCGGUUACGUCAGCGGGAACAGUUAGGCAUGCUGGUGAUGGCAGACAGAGAAAUGGCUGAUGCAGAACUGCUAUCCUAUCGGGAGGAUCUGGAGAACCAGGACUGUCUCACACAGAUGGAUGACCUGCAGGUAAACAUGAUGACUCUAGCAGAGCACAUCAUUGAAGCAACGCCAGAAAGAAUCAAGAGGGAGAACUUCACCGCCACAGACUCUGUGCCAUUAGACACGUCAGGGGUCAGCAACACCAUGAACUGGCUGGCCAACUACCUGGGAGAUGUGGAGCAGCUGCCAAGCAUCAUACACUUACGAUCUCUGUAUAAUGAACCUCUGACCCCAUCGUCCAACCCCAGCCUCAGUCCUGGUGGGUCUCCCCUAAGAGAGGGGCCCCUGGAGAGGUCCACGCUUCCAUCCCCAGCUGACUGGAGUGAGUUCAUCAAUGCCUCUAACAGCAAGGUGGAGCGAGACCUGGCCCAGCUGACUCUGUCAGAUCCAGAGCAGAGAGAGCUAUAUGAAGCCGCCCGCCUAGUCCAAACUGCCUUCCGCAAGUACAAGGGGCGGCCGCUCCGAGAGCAACAGGAAGUAGCUGCUGCUGUUAUUCAACGUUGUUACAAGAAAUACAAACAGCUAACAUGGAUAGCCUUGAAGUAUGCACUUUAUAAGAAGAUGACGCAGGCCGCCAUCCUUAUCCAGAGUAAAUUCCGCAGCUACCACGAACAGAAGAAGUUUCAGCAGAGCAGGAGGGCCGCCGUGCUCAUUCAGCAAUACUACCGCAGCUACAAGGAGUUUGGCAGGCUGAAGCCCCACCAUCGUGGGGCAGCCGCUGCCCUGGUGCAGCACAAAUUGAGAGGUAGUCUGCUCACAAAGAGGCAGGAUCAGGCUGCCAGGAAGAUCAUGAGGUUCCUACGUCGCUGCCGCCACAGCCCCUUGAUGGACCAUAGACUGUUCAAGCGGGGUGAAAGAAUUGAAAAGGGCCAGGGAACAUGA